AUGAACCAUACUACUGAGUCUUUCUACUUGACUGCAAGUCAAUUGAAACGAAAGUCUAAGAAAAGGUUAGGGUCUAACAUGAGAGCUGAAUGUCUGGCUUUUCUUGAUAGCCUGAAACUGAUUAUGCAGUAUGGCUUGGGGAAUUCUCAGUUUCUAUUUGAAUCUGAUUCACAUGUGUUAGUUCACAUGGUGACAGGGAAGACAGAGGUUCCUUGGAGGCUUCAGAGGAUACUUGAGGAGACAUGGAGUUUGCUUAAGGGAAGGCAGUAUCAGAUGAGUCAUUGUAUUCAGGGAAGCUAAUGUUGUUGCUGACUUUCUGGCUUCUUAUGAUGUUAGAACUGGGUGCUUUACUUACUUUUUAGUCAAUGGUAUUUUGCCACUGGAUGGAAGGUUGAUUCUGCAUCAGGAUCAAAUCAGGAUUCCUACUGCUAGGGGGAGGAGGGUAGUAUGUGAGGGUCAGGUUGAUGUAGAUCCUCGAUAGCAAUCUGCUGCUGCAUCAGGUGUUGAGUGAGGAUUUUUAGAAUGUAUAAAGGGUGCACUGGAGUUGUUUUUAUUCAGCAAAAGGGUUGGUGAGGCAUGGUUUUUUUAUGCAUUUUGAAUGUUGGACAGCUGGUAUAGUAAUAUAGCUUUAGAUCCUUUGAAGGAUUAAAGCCGGCUAUUUGCAAAGCAGAGAUACAAGCAUGAUGCUCAUUUGUCUGUUAUGUUGAAUUCUGUGUUGAGCAGUGUGCUGCUGAUUUGGAAGUGUUGUCAAAAUGGAUUGUGGCUUGGUUAUGUUGAUCUGUGGUGGUCAGCAGGAUUGAGUGCAUGAUUUGGAAAGUGGUGUAAGGUUCUAAAGGUCCAGGGGCAAAGGUUUGAAAUGAUGGUGUUGCAGAUUGUAAAAAGGAGUAGGGCAUUCUAUCUGGUAAGGUGGUGUUAGGAGGCUAA